AUGUCGCGUUUCACCUUAGCUCUCGUUUUCAUUGCUGGCGUCUUCCUCGGCAAUUUCAUUUUUAUAGCAACUUUCGCCGAGGGUGCCGUUUCGAAGGUGUCGAAGAUGCUUAUUGUCAGAGGCUCCACCGCCUUUCCUGGUCAAUUCCCUUAUCAAGUAUCACUUAGAUUGUACGGACAGCAUUUCUGUGGUGGUAUCCUGAUCACCAAAAAACACGUCGUCACUGCUGCUCACUGUAUCCACGGUACUGUAUCCUUUCCAUUCACUGGUUUCACUGUCGUAACAGGAUCAGUUAGUCUUGCGAGCGGCGGUCAUACCCACCUUGUUGCCGCGGCCACUUACCACCCUGCGUUCGAACCCGAUAUAUCUGAAUCCUUCAAAAAUGACGUUGCUGUUGUCACCCUUGCUGACGAAGUUAGUAUUGAUCAAUACCAGAGCCCAAUUUCCUUGGCCACUUCUGAUCCACCAGUUGGUGCAGCACUCACAAUGUCCGGUUGGGGACAGACCACCACCACUAAACGCACAUUGCCUGAAUACCUUCGCACAGCAACCGUGUACCUUUUGAGUAACGAAGUCUGUCAGGAAUACAUCUCACAAUAUCGCAUCUAUCCUGGACAAAUGUGCACAUUUAAAGAGGGGGGUGUCGGUGCUUGUUUGGGCGACAGUGGCGGUCCUCUUGUUUACGAUGGCAGCCUUGUCGGUAUUGUUUCCUGGGUUUUCCCAUGUGCUGUUGGCUUACCUGAUGCCUUCACUCGUGUCACUUCCUACGUUGACUUUAUUACUCGUACAGUAGAGAGCACAUAA